CCCUCCCCCUCCUCCCCUUCCAUUUAACAUCCCCUACAUUUUCGUCUUCCCCUGCUGCCUCAUCCGUGUAACUCAAACCCCCGACCGACCUUCAGCCUGUAUGGGUACUUUAGGACCCUCUUUGCCCAGAAGUCGUGCACUGCACCCAGUCAGUCUUUGAAGAACUGCACCCAGCCAAAGCCAAGCUUUUCAGGAUGUCGUCUCUGGAGGAACUGGACGUGGAAGAACACUGUCGUAGCCAGAAAAGUCGAUACGGUCAAUGGGACCAAUCAGGCAAAAUGGAAGCAAAACUGAACUUACUUGAUUCAGAUCGUCUGCACAAGGUUCGUAAAUUACUGAGCCUUGAUUGCAAUGAUGAUCAUAUUUGGGCUCAACAACUGCUGGAGCAACUGACCCCGCAAUUAGAGGAAGUUCAACUAUGGAAUGUACGAAAAUGCCAUUUAAUGUGUUUGGAAAAUAUGCCACACCUUCGCAAGCUGCAAGUCGAGGGUUGGCAUGAAGAACUGGAUACUGAGCCAUACAUUUUUAAGGAGAGAGGUGGAAGCAUGAAUGGCAUCGAGUUUUUGCAUGUUUUCCUUCCAAAAGAAACAUCCCUUUCUCUUAUUGCUGCUCAUGGGCAAAGCUUGAAAGAACUGGAACUGUUUGUUGGUCUCAAAUUGCGAUUGAAUGGUCGUCAGUGGAUUUCAAAGGAUCUUGCGAAACGUCUUUGGUCUUGUGGCUUACACAACAUGUCUGGCCUUGUGCUCCGGAGGGGAGAUGAAAGGGAAGGCUUUCACCCAACAGAUCGCUGUGAGGCACAAGUAAAAUGUUUGAAGAGUAAAUUGCCAUGGAUAAGCGUUUAUUGUGACAAAUGUGAAAGUAUUCCUUGGUGAGUGUGUUACCUAUAAGAAAGUUUUUUAAGUGCCAUUAUACAACCAAAUUUUUGGGGGGUGGUUAGGCACAAUGAAAAUUUUAUAUUAAGGUUGAAUUUUGAAGUACACAACAUUUUCUGCAAUAUGUCUAGUCAGCAUAGUAGUAAGUACUGUGAAUCUAUCUAGUCAUCAAAAACACCCAUCUUUAAGGAGGAUUUAUUUUGUUAUAGUGACCAGUGUUUAGUUUAUCCCUGACCAACUUUAGUCACGUGUCUACUUACGUUAUAUGCUUUAUUUAAACUAAGUAUACAUUUCUCUGUGUGAGCUACUGAUAUUGAAAUGACUUCCAUUUGUAACUGUGUUGAGUGAUCCUUCAGUUCACCCGAACUGGUAAAGUUACACUUGUACUUGGUUCUCUAUCUUUGCCUUUUUGUUAUAAUUAUCAUUCUAAACUUAACCAUUAUGUGAAUGUUUAUUGAUCUGUUGUGAAAAAUUGCUGUAUGUUAAGAAAAUUAACAUGUAAGUAAAAUGUUGGUUGACUCUGCUUCUUUUCUUGAGAUAAAUUAUAUUUUCUUGAGUUGUGCUCACUUGUUGAAAAAUACAGCAGAGCUUUUCUUCAAACUGGUUAAGUGGAUCCGAGUUUGAUCAAAAUGUUUGUACCUGACCAUAGGGAACGUGUUCAAGGAAGUCAAAUAUAGGAAUGCUGUCCAAUUUGUCUCUAAUUGGGGCCUUAUUAACUGUAUGGUGGAGAAACAUUGUGUGAAUUAGUCUUUUAGCCGCUUUGAAAACUGGCAUUCCACUUUCUGUGAUUUUAGAGUGUUAAAUAUUUUUCUUAUUUAUUAUUAUUUAAAGAAACUGACUUUAUCUGUGAUGUGAGAGAAGCAUUUGUGGGUAUUUUAAGAGAAAACUUCAUGUCUUGUAGAAGUGAUUUAUUUUAAAUCAAAAUAUAUGAUUUAAUUAUUAAUGAGAA